AUGAAGGACUGUCCACAAGGGAGACCUACUAGUGUGACGCAACCGACAGGUUCUAUAGCCGGGUCAUCAGCAUCUGUGCAUCCUUCUGGGCGCGAGCCUCAGUCUUCAGCAGGUAGAGGCAGAGGAGGGGGAGGAGCUUCUGGUGUAGGCGAGGCUCAGAACCGCAUCUACGCUUUGGCAGGUCGUCAGGAUUUGGAGUCUUCACCAGACGUUGUGACAGACGAUAUUCUAGUUUAUUCUCGAUUAGAGACUGAGCAUGCAGAUCAUUUGCGUGCAGUACUUAGAGUCCUUCAGGACCAGAAGCUGUAUGCGAAAUUCUCCAAAUGUGAAUUCUGGCUAAACUCUAUGGCUUUCCUGGGGCAUAUUGUUUCAGAUGAGGGUAUCAAAGUGGAUACUCAGACGAUAGAGGCUGUGAAGACUUGGCCUCGACCUACGACGCCGGCAGAGGUUCGUAGUUUUCUAGGUUUAGCAGAGUAUUGCAGAAGAUUUGUGGAGGGCUUCUUUUAUCUUUCUACCCCAUUGACGAAGUUUACUCAGAAGGCAACCAAGUUCCAAUGGACAGAUGCUUCGAAUGUGGUAGCAGAUGCCCUCAGCCGCAAAUCUAUGAGUAGUUUAGCAUACCGGCAGGCUGGAAAAAGGGAGUUGGCUCAUGAUCUUCUUCAGUUAGCCAACUUGGGGGUCAGACUAAUAGAUUCAGGAGAUGCAGGAGUUACUAUUCAGACUAUAGCCACAUCAUCCUUAGUGGCUGAGGUGAAAAGGCGUCAGUACGCGGACCCUUCAUUGACCCAUUACAAGGAUACAACUCCGCAAAAGAAGAAAUCACCAUUCGGGAUUACCGGAGAAGGAGUCCUCAGGUAUCGAGCUAGGUUGUAUGUUCCCGAUGUUGCGAGGUUACGUCAGAAGAUUAUGGUGGAAGCUCAUUGCUCCCGCUAG